AUGAGCUCUCCACUGCAGUCUUUCUCUGUCCGGCCGAGCCCCAGCAGGCAUGCCGCGGACCGGGAUUGUGAGCAGCUAGCCGUCCGGAGACUGUCCUCCCCACGGAGCCUCAACCUCCUAACCCCGCCGCCGUACCCUCGACGCGCCUCCGCUAUCCCCGGUUAUCUGCUGCCCCCCCACCAGGAACAGGAGGACUAUCUCUUUCUCCAGCAGCAGCAGUGUCGGCGUCUCUCUUUGCCUCCGGAGACACUUAGGGUCCCCCCAGCUCCUGCGCCUGCAGUCCCUGCCGCCGCUGCUCCUUGCCGGCGCUCGGUAGGAAUCAUGCAUCUCCUCCGACUGGGUCUUCUGACCUUCAGCUGCCUCUUUUGGGCGGCUGGUUUGGCGCUCUUCACCCUGGGCGUAUGGGCGCAGAUUUCCCUGGCUGACUUCAUGCUGCUGUCCUCUAACCGCUACCCGAACGCACCCGUCAUCCUGCUGACCACCGGGGCGGCCGUCACCAUUUGGGGAUUCCUGGGUUGCCUCGGGGUAGCGGCCAAUCUCCCGUACGUGCUGAGGGCGUACGGCUUCUUCCAGCUCGCCGCGCUGGUGGCGGGUUUAGCCGGCGGACUCUGCGGUCUCUUCUACCGAGAAGACAUCGCCGGAGGGUUUCGUAGCGGCCUGCAGCGAGCGGUGGCCGGCUACGCCGAGGACGAAGGUCGCGCCGACGCGCUGGAUGGCCUACAGAGGGCGCUGCGCUGCUGCGGCGCCGAAGGAUGGCGCGAUUGGCUAACUUCGGAUUGGGCGCUCCAGCACACGAACGUCCUGACCGUUGAGAACGGCACCUUGGGGUCCUUGCCGGACAGCUGCUGCAUGCGGCGCAAAGGCUGCAGGAACAGGCCGCUGCCCUCCGAGGACAACGAGGGAGUGGUCGCCGCCGGCAUCCACCCCCACGGAUGCUUCCGGAAAGUCUUCAGCCUGGUCAACGAUAACGUGUUCCACAUCGCCGCCACCGUGCUGGGAUUGGCAUUCACUCAAAUCGGCGGGAUCACUUUGGCGUGUCUUUUGGCCAACAGGCUCGCGCCGCGCCAACGCGCAGUUGGAAAUUAA